ACAGCGAGAUCCAAAUCGCAGAGGAACAUGUCCGGGCGGAGUUUAUUCGUUAGUGUGCUUCUAGUCGGUACAUUUUCGAUGUUAGUUUUGCAAAACGUUUCCAAAGCGGACGAAGUGCCAGCGUUCUUCUUGAAAAUCGCGAAGAACAUACCCCGCGUGGGUCGAAGCGACGGCUACGAGGAUCUGCUUCUAAAAUCUCGAAAGAAUAUUGCUAAACACGAAGGACACACCGCGCGCGGAUCGCAGCCUGAGUCUUGGUCAUCUUACGCUAACGAGGAUCCUUUUUCUGGCCCCAUAAAGAGACGCAUGGAGUAUCCAUCGGUUCACGAUGCUCAGACUUGGCAGGACUUUCCACUGCGUAUAGGAGGUUCGCUGAAGCUGUGGCGAACUUUGGCAGGGUACAGCGAGGAUGCAGAUGACAUCGACAAUGAAAUAUGGAAGCGCAACAAGAGGACGGGGGACGAGGCCAUGGAUCCGCAAGGCAAUUAACAUAAAGGGAGCGUCGCGGCGCGGCCGCGAUGUCGAAAAAAUAUACUUGUACCCUAUUUCCGGUGUAAGGUGUUGGGAAAAAUAUCGAGAACAAUAAACAUGUAAAUACGA